AAGGCUGCCAUCCAACUCGUCCCGCCGUGAAAAGGGCUUUGGGUCUGGGCACGGGGCUUGCGACCAUCAAAUUCUCGCGGAGGAGGGCAUUGCUUGAUGAUCCAGUAGGCGACAUCCUCAAAAAUGGCCGUUCUGUCAACCCCAUUCCACUAUCUGACCUCGGUGCCGCCCGUCACGCGCUAUUUCACUCUUGCGACGAUCGCGUUGUCCUCUCUCUACCUCUGGAUCUGGUGGUCAGCCGAGACCACCUACAUACCAUUUUUGACUCUUGUACCCGGCUCAAGCCUCUUCUACCCAUGGACAUUUGUAUCUUCUGCUUUGGUGGAGGCGAGUCUUUGGGAGCUCGCCUUCACGUUGAUCGUAAUCCCAGCAUCGUUACGCUAUUUCGAACGUCUAUGGGGCUCUCUUGAAAUUCUAAAAUUCAUCCUUGUAUGUGUAACGGGUCCAAACUUGAUUGUCUUUGCCUUCAAUUGGAUCGAAUAUGCGGCGAUAGGAGAUGCAGACCUGUUUCUGUAUGGCAUGCAGUAUCAUGGCCAAAUGGCACUCUUCACAAGCUUUCUCGUGGCUUUCACUCAAAUCAUACCAGAACAUCAAGUGCAGAUAUUCGGUUUGUUUAGGGUUCGCGUAAAGAGACUCCCGAUGGUAUACGUGACGUUUUCCACUAUCAUGACGUUGCUUGGCUUCCAGUGUCCUUACAUUAUCAUCCAAUUUGGCUGGUUUGUUUCAUGGAUAUAUCUUCGUUUCUACAAACGCAACGUCACCGACACGCUCGGUGGUGUGGUCACAUACGGAGACAGGAGUGAAACAUUUGCUCUUACGAGCUGGUUUCCUCCACUUCUUCAUACUCCGGUGUCAGCACUGGCCAAUACGGUCUACAAAGUUGCCACCCGCCUUCGUUUGGUCCCUUCAUCGUUUCCUCAAGACAUCGAAGCUGGGUACAGUCAAGUGCCUGGCGGCGCACGAGCGGAGGCUGAAAGACGACGCGCCCUUGCUCUCAAGGCACUGGAUCAACGCCUGGCUCACUCGUCAAGUAACUUGCCUGGCCAAAAUGGACCUUCUGGACAACCAUCGCGUCCAUCUCCCUCAGUGUCUGCCCCUCUUGCCACGGAGCAAAGAGGGAGUGUGAGCGAGGCAGAUGUCGCUGAUUCAGGAAGUACGGAAAGCGGAGAAUGACACCUCGCUACUUAGUUUUUGUAAAUAGUAGUUCAGAUUUUCUUAUUGUUUCGUUCACGAAGUCAUGCGCCUUACAUAAUCCGUACAGCGUGCUUGCUCGAAGGCCC